AUGGAGCAACAGAACGACGCAACUGCCUCGCCGCCGUCGCCCACAGCAGCGCAGCAGCCGCCGACUGCUGGACGACCCCUCGGCGAGGCGAAAGCCGGGACCGAUGGCCAGAAUUCGCCGCUGUCGCCCAAACGGAGGCUCCAGCGCGGACCCCGAAGUCCCGCUGCAAACCCUUCGCCAGCCAGAUCCCACAAGCGUUCACCUCACCGCACAAGUCCCAGCAGAAGUGCCAGUGCCAGUCGCAGCCGAACUUCACCGCUGCCCAGUACCAACUUCGAUAAAGCCCGGGCCAGGCAGGAACGCAAUGCGAGGCCUUCGCCCGGCAGGGCCCGCCGCCGCACGGCGACGCUUGGCCAGAGCAGCGGGUCUCCUCCUCCUUCCGUCGAGAAGACUCCCCGCACGCUGCAGCCGUUCCCUCGCCCUGUUACGACAGGUAUGGAAUGCAACGUUUCUGUGGGACGUACGUGUAUCAUGUUACUGAGCAUCUAA